AUGGCAAUCGACAUCAGCAAAAGUGCCAUCCAUUUGUUCCAGUCGCAGGACCGCUUAGAACUCCUCAAUGAUAUCGAUAAGUUCCGCCAACAUGGCCUCGCCAACCUACCACAGAUCGUCGUGUGCGGCGACACAAGCAGUGGCAAAUCGUCUGUGCUGGAAGCAUUGUCUGGGAUUCCAUUCCCGGUUGACAGCACCAUGUGUACAAGAUUUGCGACGGAGAUCGCCCUACGAUAUUCCUCAGAUGAGACAAUAACGGGGCUAGCAUUUAUUACCCCUGGACCGCGAUCAUCUGAAGACCAUCGAGCUUGUCUUCGAUCCUUCCAGAAGACAGUCAUAGCUGGUCUCGAUGCGAUUCCAGAAAUCUUACUAGAAGCCCAGAAAGUGAUGGGAGUUGGUGAGGCCGGAGGCAUCAGUCGGGAUGUGCUGCAUUUGAGACUCAGCGGUCGACAGCUACCAAAUCUCACAUUAGUGGAUCUUCCAGGCCUUAUUCAUUCUGCCACGAACUCAGAUGACAUCGACAACGUCCAAGAUCUUGUCAAGUGCUAUUUCAGGCAGAAAGAGAGCUUGAUUAUGGCUAUCGUGUCCGCCGAAAAUCCCAUCGAGAACCAAGGAAUUCUGACUUUAUCCCGCCAGUUCGAUCCGAAAGGCGAGCGUACGAUUGGGGUCAUCACCAAGCCAGACAUCCUCCGACGUCCAGACAAAACCAGACUUACACCCACAGUACUAGAGCUUGCACGAAACCAACAUGCUGCAUUCAAAUUCAAACGCCAGUGGCAAAUCAUGAGGUGUCUCACCGAUGACGAACGGCAGAAAGGGGCGGACAGAGAUCGAAUUGAAACAGACUUAUUCUUGCAGGAUCCAUGGGACGGCUUCGACAAAAAGAGGCUCGGGACGAAAUCACUGAGAGCCGUCUUAUGCCAAUACCUGGAGGAACAUAUCCUGCACGUCUUGCCGGAGCUUGUCAAGUCUUUAGAGGAGAAAAUUGCUUCUGCGAAGUUGUCUCUCCAGGAGCUGGGGCCUCAUCGAGCAACUCAAGACGAACGUAGGCAAUAUCUAAUCCGAAUCAGCAGGCGGUAUGCGCAGAUCGUCCGAGAUGCCUUGAACGGUGACUACUCCGACUCCUUUUUCGACAAGCUUGACGCCGGAAAAAGACUGCGAGCGAAAACGAUGGCGCUUACCGACGACUUUGAACACGCAAUGCGCAUACGGGGCCACACAUUUGAAAUUAGAGGACCUUUAUCUCAUCGCGACGAACCUCACCGCAUCACAAUCCCGGAUGCCCUGGUCAAAGUUGGGAAGCUCUUAGAGGGCUACCGGGGUCCGGAAUUACCGCUGCUCUUCAACCCACGCUUGGUCGGGGAGUUAUUCAAGGAGCAGUCCCAAAAAUGGCUCAAGCUCACUGCCGAGUAUACUGAUGCCAUCUGCCAUGCCGUCGAAGUCUUUCUACGGAAGGUCAUCGACUCGAUCUGCCCUACCACGGCACGAGUUGCGGAGUUGAUUCUCCGCGAGGUUUUCCAAGAUGCAAUUCACGACCACCAAGACAAGCUGAAUAACAAAGUUCUGGAAUUGUUCACACCGCAUACAAGUGCAUUCUUAUAUUCGACAAAGAGUCGACUAGAGGAAACCUUACGCGCUGUUCAGCGUGACGACUAUGUAUGGACAGUUGAAAACGAGGCUGCGAGUGGUGGCUCGGCCUCUUCUGGCGGUGGUCUUGGAACUGCCAGCUCAGAUAGAGAUCCACGCUUGACAGCACUUCAGCUCUCAAGGGCAUACUACAAUGUUGCUCUUGAGACGUUCGUUCAGAACGUGGUCGUGCUCGGGGUUGAAUCCUGCUUACUCUCAAAACUCGAGGAAAUGUUCUCCCCCGAAACCGUGGCACAAAUGAACGAGGACAAACUGCAGCUGCUUGGGGGUGAGACCCCAGAGAUGAUUACUGAACGUACAGACCUCACGGCACGCCUACAGACGCUCGAGACCGCUCUGAAGAACUGUCGCAGGCAUGCAAGCAGAGAAUUUGGACUUGACCUUGACAGAGCCAGAGCAAAAUCUCCAAUAUUAGUCUCAGAAUCACUGCGAAGUGGUUCUAUUAACGACGAGAAGACCGUCCCAUCGUUGCCCAAACCCGAUAGUGUCAACACAAUCCCGGUCACAGGAAACGCAACACCAGGGACAUUGUCCCGGACACAGCAGGAGAAAUUACCAACGUUCAACUUCGCCGCUACCCCAAAACCCGUACCGCAGCUGAAUCAGCAGGUCGGCAGCAUCAAGUCGGGGAUGCCAGCUGAUGACGACAAGAAGAGUUCGCCCGCUCCGGUGAGCCCCGUGCCUCAGCUGAAGGUUUCACAACCGGCAGCAUUCAAGACACCGUCCGAUACCGUCACAGCUGACACAUCGCAUUCGUCCAAGCCUCUCUUCGGUGGCUUCGGUGGCCUAACCGCAACCCAAACAAGCAAGCCGGUUGCCAGGUCUCCGAGCACAGGGUCAAAUGUGGCUCCUCCAAGUGGUAUAUUUGGUUCGACAUCGGCUUUUGUUCCCGGGCCACCCAAGUCUCCCCAAACAGUACUAUUGCCCGGCUCUAGUACUGAUGGAUCUCCGUUUGGUGCCCCUGUGAAGCAAUCGCCGAAUUCGAAUAAUCUGUUCAGUUUCGGCACAGCAGCGUCUACAGGAAAGCCGCCGAGCUCCGGAAUAGGUGCUUCCAGCUCUGGGUGGCCGUCGGGCUUUGGCUGGGGCCAAGCAUCAAGCCUUCGAAAUCGCCUUGAUCACGGUCCAGACGAUGGUAUCCAUCGGGGCUCCAAUUGGACAGAAGUUCUCAGAUGUCUUGUUAAAUACCAUUCCACAUACAACAGGGGCGUGUCGUUCGAGGAGCUCCGUCUUCAAGACUACGGAGUAAUCUUCGGUGACGAAAUCCGGAGAUUCAUGGCCAGCAGAUUCCCUGACAUGAAGCGUGUUUCAUAUGCCAACUAUCUAGAAGGAGUGAGAAGGGAAAUCUUGUACGGAUAA